AUGGCGUCCACGGACAAGUUGAUUUCUUGGGAAGACUACCAAGGCUGCCUCACUGCCUACUUUGAAUGGGCCGAAAGCUAUGAUUCCAAGGACUGGGCUCGUCUGCGCAAAAUCGUCGCUCCCACCGUCCGCAUUGACUACCGCUCCUUUUUGAACAAGCUCUGGGAAGCCAUGCCAGCCGACGAUUUCAUUGCCAUGAUCUCCGACCCCAAAGUCCUCGGUGACCCCCUCCUUAUGACCCAACACUUCUGUGGCGCUUCCAAGUGGGAGAAGGUCUCUGAUACCGAGAUUAUUGGCCACCACCAACUGCGUGUGCCUCACCAGAGGUACGCGGACGCCACCCGCACCAAAAUCCUGGUCAAGGGACACGCCCACAGCUACAACAUGCACUGGUACAAGAAGGUCGAUGGGGUGUGGAAAUUUGCCGGCCUCAACCCUGACAUCAGAUGGGGCGAGUACGACUUCGACAAAGUCUUUGCCGACGGCCGUGAAGAGCUGGGCGAAAAGGAGGAGGCUGAGAAGCUUGCUAAGGAGGCCCAGGGCAUUCCUCCUGCAUAG